AAGCAACCUUCCUUUGCACCCUCGCAGCCAGUGCUAGGCUUCACUUCUAGCGCCAAUGUAUCAGUUUAGUCAGUUCAUCAAGCCCAGCUUUCCGCACACCUGCGGAUUAGAGCACGGAGCCCGUACACCCUCCGUCCGCGGGAAUCCCCCGAGCAGGUAUCACCGCUGAGGCCAGUCUACCCGCAUCUUCCGCACCCCUAUGCUACGACUUCAUAUAAGAAGCAAUGUUCCGAAACGGUCCCGUCGGUUGUGGAAGUGUGAUCCAGGGCCCGCAGCCCUGCCAACAUACCAUCCUUCCACCGGCUUUUGCUUCGUUGCAUAACAGGCAGUCAGGAUCUCGAGGCAAAUACCACAAGGGCAUAUGCUAGCACAGCUCGAUAUGUCACCAUCAGCUGCGACUUCGCUGGUCCUCUCGGGGUACGGCCAAUAUAGUCCAUAUACCCUGCCCAAUCACCACACCCAUAUAUAUGUAUGCUCCAGAGAGCGGAUGCUGUGUCGGAUCCAGGGUAGCAUUGCUACAUAAAUCUGCGCAAUGGUACUGUCAAACAUAUGACCGGAGCUCGUCAUUGUCCAUUCCUUCGUUGCCCCAGCCGUUUAACCCCCGUCUCUGCCUACCAGCCUCACACUUCAUGCUACUCUCGGUUUCCAAAGUCAUGUGUUGUCGCGACUGCUGUCCAUCGAGCGAAUACCGCAGAGGGAUUUCAGAAGAGAAGGAACGACCCGAUGUCGCUCAUGACCAAUGUUUUCUGCCUACUGGCCGUGAUGCGGAAAACACCACACCACCAUCAGCGCCCAUCACUAUCAAAACAUUGAAUAGCACAAGUGGCGUGGAAGCCCAGGAUAUCUCAGCCAGCACUCUCGAUCUACCGAGCUCCAUAUCCUCCGGCUCAAGCUCCGACACGCUUAGGAAUUCCAGGACCCAUUGUUGCGCUCCACAUAUAACGACGAGGCCCUGCUGUCCGCCUGCAAAAUCUUCGAAGCUAGGUGGAAUGCCGUGUUCCAAGCCUCAUCCCCAUUCCCAGGGAGAAUCUCACGAUACUGUGCGACGCUCCGGCCGUGGUUUCCAUAGCUCACACUCUUGGCUCUCGCGUACAGGUUGCUCUACGCCCACGUCGCUUGAUGAGUAUGGGCUAAAGGAAACAGAUGAGCAGACGGAAGACCUCGGAGAUAUCGAACGAGGACCACCGAACUUUGAACGCGUCAUUCUCACCAUCGAAGGCUUAAAAUGCGGAUGCUGCGAGAACGGAAUAUCGAGGGCGGUCAGCCAUGUCCCUGCGAUCACGAACCACCGAGUCAAUGUCGUCCUAGCGAAAGUUGAGUUCGAUUUGGACAUCAACCGCCUCUCGGUCAGAGAAGUGAUCAAGAAGCUAAGCGCAACGACUGGCUACGCCUUCGAAGAGUAUAUUCAGCCGGAGGGUCAGGUGCUUGAGCUGCUAGUCAAUGAUCCAACUGUAAUAUACCGAGCGGGCAGACCUCACGGGGUGACCAUACUGGAUUCGGAAUCGAAAUCGGUUUGGACUCAUCUGCGGAUAUUCAGUGGCCGUAACAGCGCAGUUCCACCAGAAGCCAGCGAACCCAGUCUGAAGGGUGCUAGGACAGACGAUGUCAACCCCAACACGACUGCGAACUCCUUCUACCAGCAUACCGUCCGGAUCCACUACGAUCCGAAGAAGGCCGGUGCACGCGAUGUCUUUGAAUAUUACCAACAAUCUACUCUUCGGGAAUUUCAGCUCGCUCCCCCCGCUUCACAUCCCAGCCUCACUGUUGGGUCUAAGCAGACGAAGCGUGCCUGCAUCGUCUUCCUUAUCACUCUGGCUUUCACUACACCGGUACUUGUCUUCGCCUGGGCUCCAGUCGACCACAAAGAGCUCAUAUAUGCACACGUGUCGUUGGCGCUCGCAUCCGCUGUGCAGAUCAUUGCAACAUGGGAGUUCGUCCCGGGUGCCUUGCGCGCACUAAUACACUCUCGGCUGUUCGAAAUGGACUUCCUGAUAGCACUGAGUACUACGACAGCGUACGUUUUCAGCGUAGUAUCCUACGUGUUCCAGCUGAAAAAGCAUCCCUUCGAAUCCGGUUCCUUCUUUGAGACGUCGACGCUACUAGUCACUUUAAUCCUUCUGGGCCGCGUAGUCAGCGAGUUUGCGCGUCUCAGAGCUGCCAAGUCGGUGUCUUUCCGCUCACUCCAAGUGGACGACGCUCUUCUUAUGGAGGGAAAAACAUUUAGUGAGCCGGUAAAGACGCGAAAGAUAGAUGCUCGACUUCUCCAGUACGGCGACUACUUCAAAGUACCGCCUCAUACGAAAAUAGUCACUGACGGCAAAGUAAAAUAUGGCGGUUCAACGGUGGAUGAAUCCAUGAUUACCGGCGAGUCUCUCCCUGUCGCAAAAGGCAUCGACUCAAACGUCUACGCGGGGACGAACAACGGAGGCGGUACACUCAUUGCCGCGCUGACAGCCCUACCACACGAGAACUCCGUCAGCAAAAUCGCUACAAUGGUGGAGAGUGCAGAGUUGACAAAGCCGAAGGCUCAAGCUCUGGCUGACCGUAUUGCUGGCUGGUUCGUUCCAGCAAUGGCAGCCAUCGGCACCGUGGUAUUUCUGACCUGGCUAUUCGUGGACCGCUACCACCACCGUCGAAGCUGGCCGAAGGCAGCCAUCAAAGCUUUUACCUACGCUAUUGCUACGCUCAUCGUCUCCUGUCCAUGCGCCAUCGGGCUCGCCGUACCGAUGGUUGUCCUUAUCGCAGGUGGAGUUUCUGCUCGAUUCAGCAUUAUCUUCAGGGAUCCGCAGAAGAUUGAAAUCGCGCGUAAUGUCACUGACAUUGUAUUCGAUAAGACGGGCACCCUGACAGCGGGAUUGCUCAAAGUUGAGGAAGUAGACUUCUAUGACGCAUCUCCGGUGCUGGUUAAAGCUAUGCUCCUUGGACUGCUAAAGGACGUCAAACACCCUGUGGCUGCCGCUGUCUUCAAUUGGAUACACGAGGAAGCCAUAUACCAUUCCUCGCCACAAAUUCAGCCCAUGGAUAUUACCGAUAUCAGCAGUAUUCCCGGAGAUGGUGUACGUGGUAUUUGCAAAGAAUCCAAGCUCGAAGUCCGUGCCGGUAAUCCCCGUUGGGUAGGAGUCAGUAUGUUAGAAUCCGAGCAUUCUCUUCUUUGCGUCACAGUUUCAGACAUUCUAUGCGCGACAUUCCGGCUCAAGGACCGCGUACGGUGCACAGCAAAACUAACUGUGGAACGCCUCCAAGCUCGUGGCAUUCAAGCCCACAUGAUUAGCGGUGACAGUCCGGGCGCCGUCAAGGAUAUUGCCCACUCUCUCAAUAUCCCGAAGGACAACACCGGCAGCAACGUCACGCCCGGAGGCAAACGAAAGUACGUCCAGGGUCUACAAGACAAAGGGAAAAUAGUCAUGUUUGUUGGUGAUGGAACAAAUGACUCCGUGGCACUCAAGCAAUCCGAUAUUGGUGUGCAUCUAAACCAUGGCUCGGACGUGGCGAAGAGCGCGGCGGAUGUUGUCUUGAUGACAGAGCAUCUGCACAAUAUCCUAAUCCUGCUCGACAUAUCCGGUGCUGCGUACCGCAGGAUCGUGCUCAACUUCUGCUGGUCGGCGCUGUACAAUAUCGUUGCGAUCCUUAUGGCCGCUGGCGCAUUCGUGAAGGUCAGGAUUGAGCCACAGUAUGCGGGGUUGGGAGAGCUGGUUAGUGUGCUGCCGGUUGUACUUAUUGCAUUUCAAAUGAGGUGGCGAAGCUAUGGUAGAGAGUAUAGGAAGAAGGAGUGGGAUAAUGUGGAGGUGGUGGACACCACUCAAGGCUAGUAGGCGUGGGCUACCAUUCCUGAAUCCUUGUCUAUUUGCAUACCCUUCCCACUUUAGCUCUAGGUACGGUUUAGCGGCGUCUGACUUCUGCUCUAGAUGCCAACCUGAGUGUAUAGAGAUUGAAUAAGAC